UGCCCCCCAUUCUCACCUUCAAGAACAUCGCAUAAUCCACAAGACAAAGGCAGAAGCAUCGGCGGCAGCGGCCGGAAGAAGAUUGUGUUGAGGAGGAGCCAGUUGAGGAGGAGCCAGCUUUUACUGAUUCCUUCAGUUUGUUGCCAAGAAGAGGAGAGCAAAUCAUGGGGAUGGCGGUGAGGAGGGAGAGGGACGCAGAGGCCGAGCUGAACUUGCCGCCCGGGUUCCGGUUCCACCCGACGGACGACGAGCUGGUGGAGCACUACCUGUGCCGGAAGGCGGCGGGGCAGCGCCUCCCGGUGGCCAUCAUCGCCGAGGUAGACCUGUACAAGUUCGACCCGUGGCACCUGCCGGAGCGGGCGCUGUUCGGCACCAGGGAGUGGUACUUCUUCACGCCCAGGGACCGCAAGUACCCGAACGGGUCACGCCCCAACCGCGCCGCGGGCAACGGGUACUGGAAGGCCACCGGCACGGACAGGCCCAUCGCGCCCCGCGGGCGCACGCUGGGUAUCAAGAAGGCGCUCGUCUUCUACGCCGGCAAGGCGCCGCGCGGGAUCAAGACGGACUGGAUCAUGCACGAGUACCGGCUCGUCGACGCCGGGCGCGCCACAACAGCCAAGAAGGGAUCGCUCAGGUUGGAUGAUUGGGUGCUGUGCCGGCUGUACAACAAGAAGAACGAGUGGGAGAAGAUGCAGCUGGGGAAGGAGGCCGCCUCCGCCGCCACCAAGGAGGAGGCGGCGGACAUGACCACCUCCCACUCGCACUCGCACUCGUGGGGCGAGACGCGCACGCCGGAGUCCGAGAUCGUGGACAACGACCCGUUCCCGGAGCUGGACUCGUUCCCGGCGUUCCAGGACCCGGCCGCGCAGAUGAUGGUGCCCAAGAAGGAGCAGGUGGACAACGGGGACGCCGCCAAGAACCUGUUCGUGGACCUUAGCUACGACGACAUCCAGAGCAUGUACAGCGGGCUCGACAUGCUGCCGCCGACCGGGGAUGACUUGUACUCCUCGCUCUUCGCAUCGCCGAGUGUCAAGGGGAACCAGCCAGCCGGCGCCGGCGGCUUGGCCCCCUUCUGAAGCAAGACGACGUCAUGGGGAGGGAACAUGAUGAUCUUGCAGGGUUACAAACUCUGUAAAUACGGCAUAGGAGUCGAACCAGAACCAGAACCUGGACCUGGACCUGGACCUGAUGGGGGUGACGAGGUUCAGAGUGUCGGUGCAGUUUAUAUGGAGUCUCAGUGUUGGCGCCGUUAGAUACAUGUAGCCUUUUCUCCUCUUAGAUUAAACCAACGAAAUUUUGUUGUUCUUGCCUA